ACGUGGUUGAAGCAAGUGCUGUUCAAAGGAUUCUUUUUGAUUAAUUUUGCCUAAAUUUUGAAAUAAUAAAGAUAAAUAAUUAAAUUAAUUGAGGAUAACAUGCAAUUAAAAGAAGAGGUGACUGAAAGUGGCGGUGGUGGUGGAAGUGGAGCACCCAAAGGAGGAAGACCUAAAUUUGGAAACACGAAACGAAAAUCAGGUCAAAAAUCGCGACUUUUGCAAAAAGCUAAAAAGUUUGCGAAACAAGGCCGUCUCGGGCGUGGAUUUGAAGUGGAUACCGAAACGUACAACUAUUUUGUCCAAGUGCUCGAACUCUGGCAAAAGAAUGCGUUUGAAAGUGACGAGGAGAGAGAAACCUUCAUCACCAACUCGUUCGCCCAAACUGAGGGACAUGAAGUUAACUAUUCCAGCAACCAGUUAACCUCUCGUGUUAUCGAGACGAUCCUCCCUUCCGCCAGUGAAGAAGUCCUCCUCAGAUUCGGAACUGCGUUUGGUCCCUCCCUUCGAACCCUGUGCUCUGACCCCUUCGCUUCCCACGUUGUGGAAAAACUCCUGGAAAUCGCGAGUGCGGAAAAGUGGGCGAAAGAGAGCCCAAAGCUGACCGAGUGGUUCAGACAAACGGCGCGAUUCGUGUUAAAUAAUCUUGAAGAGUUCACCUUCGACCCGUAUGCGAAUCAUGUGAUGCGAAAGGUCGCCCAAUGUUUGACCGGAUUUGUACAAGAGUCGGGUCAGACCGGCACCCAGCAGCAACAUCAGCCCGGCGGAAGGCAGGAAAAACCCGGGCGUCGAAAAACUACCAUGAACGACACGCUUUUUGGUGAGAGGACUCGAAAUCGAAAAAAUGAAGAAAUUUUCUCCGAUUUUUACACCCGUUUCCUUACUUGGCCCCAAUUUUUUGACCUGUUCGGCUCCGAGUUGACAUCUGGACUUGUGCAAGUCGUGUUGAAAACGGGCGCCAGGGUGGAUCCCGAAGCGAUGCAGAUAAGUUCAGCCGACGGGAUUCAGCGCGUAUGUAAAGCGCUCGGAGACGAGAUAAACUUGACGAAUGACACCCAUGCAAAUUUAUACACGCGGCUGCUCGAGGUCUGCCUUUCCCUGGAGAACGACGAGAUGUGGAGCCACAUUUUCAAAAAGUACUUUGCCCGACGACUAGAAAACUUUGGGGUGCAUGAAAAGGGAAAGUUUUCGCUGAAGAAGAUCAUUGAGACGUGUCCGUCGAAGGAGGAGUUUGAAGUUAUCUUUGACGAGCUUCAUCCCAAUUUGGAGAAAUUGUACAAGGCGGACUCAACUUCGCCGUUUGUCUCGUUGGCCAUCGCGUGUAAAAAGUUUGGGACGAGACAGGCCCAGUUUGUCCAAAGUUUGACUGAUAUUCUGACCCAAGACGGUGAGAAGACGAAGGUCGAGGAGGAGGACAACUUUAUCCUCAAGUUGGCCAGGUUUGGGGGAAAGUUGGAACUCAAGGAGGACGGCACGCCUAAAUAUUUGACGCAGUUUGUCGGCACGAUGAUUACCCAGAAUUUGAUGGACUUUCAUAAACCGCUCAAGGCUACCUCCUCCCUGUUGGAAAUGGAGGCGACAUCCUUAAUUAAGUUGACCAUGGACCCCAAAGGAAGCCACAUUAUCGACGCGUUCUUCAAAAGUUCAACUAUUGGAGAGAAAAAUAAGGAAAAAUUGUUGAAUAAGUUUAAAGAGUACAUGCAUUCCCUCGCCAUGAACAAGUUUGGGUCUCGCGUUGUGGAUACGAUGUGGGCGUGGGGGUCGCUGAAGCAUAAAACUGUCAUCACUUCAUCCCUCGUCGACCGUGUAGCGCAGUUGGGUGCGAGUCCGAGUGGCAAGUUUAUCGUGGAAAAGUGCAACGUUCACGGAUUCAAGAGGGACGCCAAGGUGUGGGCAGAGUCCAUCGAGAAAGGGGACAAAAGGCAGACGGAGGCGGAGAAUGUAUUGUCCGAAUUAUUGGGGACAGGAGACGACAAUAUAGAAGAAAAAGUGGGCAAGAGGAAGAAAAGGGACAAAAAGAAUAAGGAGGACAAAAUCAAAGUUGAAGAACACGAGGAACCAGCACAAGAAGAAGAAGUGAGUAAAAAGAAGAGCAAAAAGGACAAGAAGAAGAUUAAAUUAGCGGAAGAACAAGCGGAAGUAAGUGAACAAGUGACUGACCAAUUGGAAGAAGAAGGUGCCAAAAAGAAGAAGAAAAAGAGUAAGAGAGAUAAAACAAGUUCUGGAGUAGAGGAGCAAGGUGACCAAGAAAUGAUGACGACAGAAAUUGACCAAGAGGACGAGGUAGAGACGAAACCUAAGAAAAAGAAGAAAAGUAAGAGAAGUCAUGACGAAGUGGAGGAGCAACAAAUUGUGACGACGACGGCGACAAACGACGACAUCGCGUCAGAAGAACCGGAGAGAAAGAAGAAGAAAAAGAAGGCUAAUAAAUAAUUUAUUAUAAAUACUUAGAAUUAUAUAAAACGUUUAAAAACUUCCAGAUUUUUCUAUAUAUUGAUUUAGUUAUUAAACAGUUUCCUUUAAAGACUUACUUUUGACAACCGAAUUUAGACGAUAUUUAUAUUUAAUUCGUUUACUUUAAUAUAUCGCAAUUCGAUUUUUUGACAAGAGGAGAUUUAAAUUUGAAUAAAUUGUUAUACAAUUUCGGAA